AUGGACAUAAAUCAAUUAGAAAGUAUUCUUAAUAAAGAAAAAGAGAAAGAACUUAUUACACAAUGUCCAGUUAAUAAUGUAUUCUACGGAACACUUUUAGAUCAAUCAUGCAUAAAUAUUGAUAAAGUACAAAAUAAAUACAGAAAGUACUUACAACCCAUUGUACAGGAAGUCAUGCACCCAAGCACAGCACAAAUACAACCAAAACAACCAGAACCCACAGCAAUAAACAACCACAAACAGGAAAUCCUGCAGGCAUUAAAGGAGUCUAACAUCAUAAUCAUCACAGGAGGCACCGGAUCCGGCAAAUCCACACAAGUUCCAAAAAUACUCCAAGAAAUCUCCCAAAACGGCAAUUUAAUCGGCUGCACACAGCCCAGAAGGACCCCGGCCGUGACAAUCGCAGAGAGAAUGCAGCAAGAACUCUCAAAACAAGAAAUUGGAUACGCUAUAAGAUUUAAUACACAAUGUGGCAAAAGUAUUAAAUACAUGACCGAGGGAAUUCUUCUCAGAGAAAUUCUAAAUAAUCCAAGACUUAUAAGGUAUUCAUCCAUAAUUCUUGAUGAAGUCCAUGAAAGGACACUCGAAUCAACCCUCCUCCUGAAAUAUUUGCUCACCCUCGCCAGGGACCGGAUAGAUUUAAAACUGGUCAUUAUGACAGCCACACUGGACAAAUCCUUAAUACAAGAGAUAGGAAUAUGCCCAAUAAUUAAUGUACAUUGUGUAAAAUAUCCUGUUAAAAUUCACUUCCUGAAAAAGCCAUCCGACGAUUACAUACGCGACAUUGUGCAGAAAGUAAUGCACCUCGCAAAAAAACAGAAAAAUAUUUUGGUCUUCCUGACAGGCAAAAAUGACUUAAACAUAGUACACAAUGUGUUAAAAGUACUGCACAUAAACUUAAAAUUAUUUACACUCCACGCACAGAUUCCAUUACUUAAUCAACUAUAUGUAAUAAAUUAUGGUAACCCUAAAUGUAUCCUGACCACUAAUAUUGCAGACACCUCCAUAACCAUCCCAGAUAUAAAAUACGUUAUAGACUGCGGUAUGUAUAAAAUUAAGUGCACCACAGAUAUAAACACGAUUAAAGUGGUGCCCACCCAGAAGGCACAGGCAAUUCAAAGGGCAGGCAGGACGGGCAGGACGUGCACUGGGCAUGUGUACAGGAUGUAUACACGCACUGCUUAUAAGACACUGCAUGACAGCAUAAGCCGGGUGGCCUAUGAGGACGUGGAGUACUUCAGCCUGAUGUGUAUUAGACUAAAUAUAACGGUAGAUCAUGAAAAAGUGAGGGGUAUGAUGAAGGUGUUGGAGAAGUAUAAAGUGGUGGAGGAGUAUAAAAAAAAAGACGGGGUGGGUGUGGGGGAGUACGGGUUAUUACAGGACUGUGAAAUAAAAAAAACAGGGUUAGUAAUGGGUAUAGAAUAA